ACUGUAUCGACCGAGCAGCGGCUCGCAGCUCUACAAGAUCGAGAAAUGUCUCCGUAUGUUCUGAAUGUGCCAUGAGAAGUGAUGACGAAGAGGAGAUUCAAGAAGAGAGUUCUUUUAUGACCGUCCAAAAUGAGCAUCCGUCCUAUGAAUGGCUCCUUCUAGGGAGCUCUGCAUCGGAUUCGCCACAAAACUUUGAGCAAUUGUAUAGUGCUAUCAGAAGAAAUGAUGUUAAAGCGGUACAGAAGAUUUUAGAAAAUCCUUUAAAUUCCGAAAGCCUUUGUGAAAUUUCGGAUGAUGAGAAAAAGUCGCAUAAGAUUUUAGAUCGAAAAUUGUCUCCUGGGAAAGAGCUUCCACCUAUCUUUGCAAAUGCACUUUUCUUAGCUAUAGAAUUUGAAUCAUUUGAUGUUGCACAAUCUCUUUUAGAAUAUGGUGUAGAUCCCAAUUGUUCCAUUUUAGAAGGCAGCUAUCAUUCAAACCGUUCUCAAAAUAGCGGGUACGUGUGCUCACGUCAGUGCCUGGAUUCAUAUUUUAGAACAGUAUUUGUUACACCAGAAGGAAAGACUAUAUUUUACGACGAGCAUUAUACUCAAGAAAUAUUUUUUUCCCUCGCACCUUUAUUUUUAGCCGUAGCAAAAGGAAAUGCUAUAAUGGUUCACUUACUUUUACAGUAUGGUGCAUCUCCCAAAAUUAACGACAAACAUGGUGUUACACCUCUACAUAUUGCUGCUUUACAAAACAAAGUCUCCUGGUCAUGUAUUCGUCUUUUAUUGGAAAGAGGAGCCCCCAUUGAAGUAGCAAAUAAUCAUGGAGUUACUCCUGCUCAGCUUUUAAAUCCUGAUCUUAGUUUACUGCAGAGAUCUUUAAUAGAAGAUGCAUUUAGUUGUUUCUUAGCUCAUCCUGUCUCCAAGGUAGAAGGAGAAGAAUCUUUUCUCAGUACGGGAAAUACAUUUCGGAAUCAUUUCCUUUUAAAACGCUUUCAAGACAACAAAUCCAAAAUUUCGAAGGAUGAGGAUAGUCAUUCUUCUGUACAGCGUAGCAGUAUAGAAACAAGUUCUCAUAUCGAAGAAGAAGAAACGAUUGAAAGUGUUGAUCAAAGGCGACGAAGUAAUACUAAGUUUAAAUUAAAAGGCUGUACUUCAAACGGAUCAUGUCGAAUAACUCAAGCUAAAGUAAAUUUGGAGGUUUUGACAAAGAUGGCUACAAACGCAGAAUGUCUUGCCACACUAAUAUCGAACUUUCAUCUUCAUUUACCUUCUAUUAUUGAACUUUCGGACAAUGUAGGUGGUCAUUCUCUUGAAAAACCUCUAGCUGUAUUUCUUGAGCAACUUUUACAGACAACUCAUGAAAGCAUCAAGAAAAGCAGAAAUUCUCAAAUUUUAUGCAUGGUACUUCGUAUUUCUAUCGGUUGUCUUCGUGGUGCUCAGUCAAUGCAAUUCUCAGGAUUACUAGUCAUGAAUAAAUUAAUUGAUAUUUGUAUAGAAUAUAAACUGUCUUUAGGAAAUGAACAAGAUGGAAUUGAAAAUGUCUUAUCUGGAUCAUGCGUCACCUUACUACUAAAUACCUUGAAUAAUGGAAUUACUUUACACAAAAGACAAAAAAGAAAUUGUUCUCCAUACAAAAGAUCCCGACCAUGUCACUAUCAUUGUCUACAGAUUUUAAGUGGAAGAGCAUUGCUAUAUUGUUGUCAUCUCGAGUCUGUGCAGAAAAAACUAAUGGAAGAAGCAAACCUCAAAAUUCUAGUCUCUGCAACUGAAGCUACUUUGGAUCCAGAACUUUUGUGCCUCGCCCUUCAAGCAUUAGCUAUUUUAUGCAUGAAUCCAGAUUUCCAUAAAGAUCUCUUGGAGUGUGAUUUAAUUGAAAACUUGACGCAGUUAAUAUUACCAUCUGAUGAAUGGUUUCAUGAAGGUCAACCAUUUCUUUAUGCUCGUUAUGUUAAACAUCAUGCAACAAGGAUUUUAGUCUAUUUAGAUCAAGAUAGUCAUAUAAGAAAUAAUCUUUUUCAAUUAUUAGAGAAUGAAGUGAAAGAUCCAGAUAUUGAAUAUAUUGAGCAAACAACUAUAGCAAAAGAUACAACUGAGUCUACUUCAUUAGAAAACAUCAUGCUCUGGAUACUCAAAAUUUCACAAAAAGAUCACUCCCAUAAUUCAGAAGAAGGGGUUUAUUUUUAUUUAUCAGCCUUACCCCUUUUUGCCAGUCCUAUUAUACUAUUUAGGCUUUUAAAACAUCACUUUUUGACCUGCCGUAGUCGUACCACUGUAUCAACUUUAAAAGGAACAUUAUCUCAAAAAGAAAUAUCAUUUCGAAGGCGUCGAGGGAAGUUACUUUUCUCCAGUUUACGCAGAAAAGAAAACUCUGGUGAAGCUGCUGAUAUUCUUGCUUUUCAAAGAGAACUUCUCAACUUGCCAACAUAUGAUACAAAGGUUCUUAAGUAUAAAUUUAAAGAGUCAGCUUCCAGUGAAUUCGGAAUAAAUCCACCCGUAGAACGACCUCGCUCCUGCUCAGUACCUAGAGUGGAUAACACACAUUUACUAUCAAGUUAUAAUACUGUGAACAGCCUUUUUCGAAGUACUAUCUCUGAAGAAGAAGAAUCCAUUUUUGAUUUAUUUCUAGAAUUAUCUAAAUAUUGUAAAGGAGAAUUACUUACCCACGCAUCUGGAGAAUUAAGAGACUUUCUUAAUAUACUUACUUCACUAGGAGAACACUAUGGAGAUAAGGCACGACAACUUUUUUCUGCCUUUGAUUUGCAGGAAAAUGAAAAAGAAGAUAUAGAAGCAGACGAGAUUUGUGAAGAAUAUGAAAGAUUGCAGAGAUUAGUGGUGAGCGGGGAUUUACCAUGUUCCAAAGAAGAAGCAACACUAUUAGCCGGUAUUCAAUUAAGAAUCGAAGAAACAUCCGACCAACGGACCGAAGGAAAUGAAGGGAAUACCGAUGGACCAAAACCAAAAGGAUCAGUAUGGAAAGAUUCGGACCUUGAUAUUUGCGUUGCGCCUAUGUAUCGCUCUGUUAAAAAUAUGAAUAAAGCCAUAAAGGAUCAAAGAAGAAAGUUAUUUCAUUCUCAUGUUUAUGAGAAUGAGUUUCAUUUAAAGAAAUUGUACAUACAAAAUUGUAAGAGGUUACCUGCUUAUGGAUGCCGAGUGUAUCAAGUAAAAGAAAAAUCCAAGAAAAAGGUUAAUCGGCUUUUAGGUAUUGGCGUGGAAAAGUUUGUACUUCUGGACAGUAAAAGUCUUCUUCUCAGUAAAAGUCAAUUGUCUAGAGAUUUGGAACAAUGGCGAAUUGGUGGUGGUCGAUCACAUGACCAAAUUCUCCUGGAAUUCCGAGCAACCAAAUGGUCUUUCUCAGCUGCCUCAACUAGUACCCUUCAGUCUAUUAGCAGAGAAUUGUGGGAAGUCAUGCAUGAUGUAGAUACUCGUUUUGUUCAAGACCAUAUCCUAUUAUCUAGAUGCGAUAUUGAUACAGAAAUCCGCAGGUCGGUUCUGUUGAAACCUCAAACUGAUUCCUAUAUUGUACAUAAAGAAGAAUUAGAUUCCCUUCAAAAAAUUCUUCAUUUUCCUGAAAUGGUAGCUUUACAAAUGGGUCAAGUGGAAUCUGAUAUGUUUUACAGUGUUCCUCCUUUUCAUUAUGUUCAUCAGUUGACUCUUCCUCUAUGUUUAAAUUCAUCAUCUGAAAAUGCUGUUCAGCAACUAGUCAAAAGAUUCCAAGAGGUGAGCUCUUGGAUAACGCACAUGAUUGUUUCCCAACCAACUCAUAGUGAUAGAAAAGCUAUCUUGUCUUGUAUUCUGAGAGUCGCGGCUACUUGUUGGAAUAUGAAUAAUUUUAAUUCAGCGGUGGAAAUUUUAGCUGGUCUAAAAUCCGAAAAACUCAAACCAUUUUGGCUUUCCCUACCCGAGAAAGAAAACAUCAAGUGCUUGGAAAAAUUAAGUAAUAUUUUUCUUCAGCACCAAAUAUCUGAUGAAUAUGAAUCAGCUUUACAAAAAGCAUCUUCUGCUGGCAGAAUCAUACCUUUCUUUGGAGCAUUUCUACAGGAUUUGAGGAAUAUCCUUAAAAGCACACCAAGCUUAAUUGUCUUUUCUCCUAGUGAACCAGGAAAAUUAUCAUUCAUAUCAGAUUUUCAAGGAGAAGAUCACUUUUCAUCUCGUAUCGGUGUGGGAGGAUUAAUAAAUAAGGAUAAAAUCAGAAAAAUACACAAUGUGUUAGAGAAAAUCGAUACCUUUCACAAAUACCAAUCAGAGGAAAAGAAUUCUAAACAUUCUGAAACAACUGAGACUAUGAAAAUACGUUGUAUGUGCUAUGAAGGAAGUCUUUAUGAAGUAUCUUCUAACAGUUUCUUGACUAGCUGUGAAGAUUAUUUAGCCAUACUACAUCAUGGCUGUACUGUUAUUCAUUGGGAAGAAGAUCGAUCCGCUUUAGUGUGUUUGAGACUGGAGAAAAAUAAUGGAACAUUGACAUGGUCCAAACCUCUUUGGAGUUCAUUAAGAUGCAGUGGCAUUCAGGAUUAUAAUUUGGCACAUUCGGAAUAUGAACCUGUUCUGGAUGUUGUUUAUAAUUCAAUCGAAGAAGGAUUUCUUGAUUUAUUUAAAGUAAAAGAAAUUUAUUUAGUUGAUAGAGAUAUGGGUGAUGUUUCUAAACGACAUGGAAUUCCAGAAAAUAUUGAUAAAAGCUGCCUUCGAAUAUUGUAUGGAAACAGCCUAUCCGAAAAUCAUUUUAUGAAUUUUGUCGCGCCAACAUUAAUUAUACAUCAAUGCCACGAACGUCUUAAUUAUGUAGUUAGAGAAUUAAGAAAGCAGAAAGCCUUAUGUGAUCGAAGGAUAUUAUGGUUGAAAGAAAAGUAUUUUCAUCUCUUUUACGCUGUCUCUAGAGGACCAAUGCCUGCUGAAGCUAUUCAGGUUUUUGGAGGAAGAAAAUGGACACUUGGAGCUAUUGACUCAUUGGGACAAAAACGCAUGACUGCGAAUUCUGGAAAACUCAGAAAGAAAAAGUCCCAAUCAACAAUACGGGAUUUCAAUCUUCAAGCAAGUAUAACUUCUUCGCCUAAAUUAAAAAGCUCAAGUGAAUUUUCUUCUUCAAUGAGGGACAGUAAAGAUUCUCCCCCACGUAUUCCAGCAAUAACUCAUUCCAGUGAAAUGGAUUUAAUUCAAUUUGUGGAAUUAUUUCGGUCUUUUAUGGUAAGAUCGAGAAAAGACAUACAUUCACUCUUUGAACAAAUUGCAGCUUCUAAACCAAAUUUUCCUGACUCAAAUGAUUCUCCUGAACCUAAAGUUGAAUCCAUAGACGAGACUAAAUCUGAUGAAAAGAAAAGUUAUUUAGGCCUACUAACUAGAAACACGUCAAUGGAUUUAAAAGAUCAGCACAAGAAGAUCUUAGAUGCAAUAGCUACAGCCAGCAUUGUCAGCAAUAGCGCUGGUGUAGAUACAUCAAAAACAUUAAUUUUGGAUCUUCAACAAUUUAAAUACUUUCUAAGAGAAGAACAAGGUGAAAAAAAAUGUGAUCAAGAAGUUAUCCUUCUCAUACAAUGUCACGAGCCAGAUAUUGAACUAAGACGAAGGAAUUGUCUUUCGUUUGAAGGAUUUGCAAGAUAUUUGAUGGAUAAACGUAAUUUUAUGUUUGUUCCUGAACAUUUAGAACCAAAUGAAGAAAUUAUGGAUGAACCAUUGUCUCAUUAUUUUAUUGCUUCUUCUCAUAAUACUUAUUUGACUGGCCAUCAAUUGAAAGGAGAAUCUUCUGUUGAACUCUACAGUCAGGUCCUUCUAACAGGGUGUAGAUGCGUGGAGUUGGACUGCUGGGAUGGAGAUGAUGGAAUGCCAGUUAUAUAUCAUGGUCAUACAUUAACAACCAAAAUUCCUUUUAAAAAUGUAGUGGAAGCAAUCAACAAAAGCGCAUUUGUAACAUCCCCCUAUCCAAUUAUAUUAUCUCUUGAAAACCAUUGUUCUCUCAACCAGCAAGCAAAAAUGGCAUACAUAUUUAAGAAAGGAUUUGUGCAAGAAACCAGUCCAACAAAUUCUAUGAAAGUUAAGAAAAUGAACAGUCGCAAAAGUCUUUUAUCACUACCUGGAACACCCCCUUUGGCUUCUGAAUUAAAGACGGAUUCUUUGAAGAAACAUACUGCUCCAUGCCAUAAGGUUUGCUCCAUGAAUGAAAACAAAGCCAAAGCUCUUUGCAAAAGACAUCCCUUAAUGCUCAUUACUCAUUGUGAAUCACAUUUGAUGAGAGCUUAUCCAGCAGGAAUACGUAUUGAUUCGUCCAAUUUUAAUCCUGUUGUGUUUUGGUCUUUUGGGAUCCAGAUGGUAGCGUUAAAUUAUCAAACAGAGGACGGCUGUUUGCAUAUUAAUUCUGCCAUGUUUGAACAAAAUGGCUCUUGUGGAUAUGUAUUGAAACCUCGAACUUUAUGGGACAAAACACAUAUGAUGUAUGGACGAUUCAAUCCAUGGGAAAAGAAUUUUGAUGGAUUUCAUGCUAUAAAUUAUUCAAUCACGAUUAUAUCAGGACAAUAUGUUUGUCCAAAUAACUUUGCUGGCAGUCCUGUUGUUGAAAUAGAAAUAACUGGAAUUCCAACUGAUUGUAAUCGCUUCAAGACUAAAUUAGUUCAGAGAAAUUCAGCAAAUCCUAUAUGGCAUGAAGUAUUAAGUUUUCGAGUAACAUUUGUUGAGCUUGCUUUUCUUCGUUUCGUUGUCAUGGAUAUGGGAUCCAAUCAUUUGACAGCUCAGAGAGUUAUACCUUUAUCCAAACUUAAACAGGGUUAUCGUCACUUGAGACUAAGAAGUCCACAAAAUCAACCAUUACCAAUAUCUACUCUUUUUAUUUAUUCCACGUGGGAAGAAGAAGGUCUUAAUAUACCAGAGAAGGAUGCCACUGGCCCACCAUCGAAGCCUUUACCAGUGAAGAGAAAAAUGUUUUUCCUCGUCGUAUUUGACGUUGUACCUGAUCAACCAAACACAAUACUUAAAAUUACUCAAGAAAGCACAACAAGAGACGUUUUAAUUCAGGCACUAAGUAAACGUAAUAGUACAGAUAGUGUGGAAGAUUUUGUAUUAAUUGAAGAAGUACAAUCUGGUUGGGAAAAGAAAAGUACUGGAAAAAGCCGUCGCAUUCUUGAUAUGAACGAAAGACCGCUGGAAGCACAAGCAAAAUGGAAAGGAGAAGGCCGAUUUAUUUUGAAGAAGUUGACGGACGAUCCGAGUACUAGAGCAUGGAUGAGCACUCUCUGUGGAACGAUACAUAAGGUAUCUAGUGGAAAUGAAAUUCAGGGCUGGACAGAUGGUAAAGAAGUUUUUUUAGUUUGCAUUUACAACGUAGCUCCUGAUCAACCUUAUGCUGUUUUAAAAGCACCUGUUACAAGUACGGCUCAGGAUAUUAUAGCGCAGGCUCUGAUGAAAGCGAGACGCAUUGAGAAUCCAAAUGAAUUUGUUUUACUUGAAGUGCGGCCAGGGUCAGAAGGACGGGUGUUAGAAGAUUCUGAGAAUGUAUUCUUAGUACAACAGAAAUGGAAAAGCAAGGAAUGGUUUGAUAUGAAAGAAAAAGAACAGCUAAAACACGAUAAAAUCGUUAAAAAGAAAUCUGCUUUCAGCAAAUUCAGACAUUCAGAAAGAGCAUCAAGUAGUGGAUUCCACUCUUCUUGGAGACAAGUACACAGUGAAGGAGAGGAUGAUUAUAGAGAAAGUGUGAAAAGAUUUUCGUUAAAAAAACUUAAAACUUGGAGAUGACAUAAAAAGUGAAUGUUCCUAUGAGCACAAAAUAGCACAGCUUCUUCCACAGAAACUUGUAGAAACAACGCACCACCUAUUUAUUUUAUAAAAUAUCACAGACAAAGUAUAGUAAUCAUAGUAAAACACAAAGUUUAUACAUGUAACAACAGAAUUUUUUGUACUUUUAAGUCUCCAAAGGAGAAUCUUUAAAUAGAAAGUAUAUUUCAUAAGCUGUCCUAAAAGGGAAAUCUAAAAAUUAACAUAUCAAAAAUGUAAAACAAUUUUAUAUUUAAGUGUACAUUUUGUUAAAAUAAUUUUUUCAUCUUUAUAAAUUCGUCAUUUCAAAGUUUGAAACAUUUUUAAGCCUUUUUUCAUAACAGAAUUGAAAGACUUGGGGACAAUAACGACACCUUUUCAAAUGCGCCAUUUUCCUUAAUAUUGUUUUCAGAUAAGUACGUUUUGAUAUUCUGGUAUUUCCACCAGAUGGCAGCACAAUACACCGAAACAUCUUAUUUGCAACAUUAAAUUGAUUUUCCUGAAUUUCCUCCAGAUGGCAGCAUAAUACACCGAAACAUCUUGUUUGCAACAUUGAAUUUUUUUCCUCAUUGAAACACUCUUUAAAGAAAACUUAAUAUUGCGCGACUUAAUAUUUUGUUGUCCCAAGUCCUGCAAUCAAAGGAUUUUAAUUUUAUAAUUCUGUAAGAAGGGAAUAAACCACGAGACAUUGAUUAUAAGGCAGAUAUGAGUAAACAAUUUAGUAAAUUAUAAAUUAAGUGAUAAUUAUUUACAUAUUUUCAGUUACAACUUAAAACAAAAGUUCAUAAAUAAAUAUUUGUUUUUGAGAUGUGAUUUUAAAAAAUCGUCCGAAAUUUCCAACUUGUAAUUGUGAUCACUUGUAUUUAACUUUUAUAUUUCUUCGAGGGUUAAAUCAAGAAAAAAGUUAUUGUUAAGAAUGAAGUUCUGUAGUGUGUACUGGAUAUAUAUUCUUACAAUACAUAUAUUUAACUCUGAAAAUAAUGUUGUGUGUGUAAAUAAUAUUGUUUAUAUAAGCUUAAUAUCCUCUAUUAAUUAAGGAAAUACUUUAGAUCUCGUAAUAUAAUUUAUUUAAUGCAUGAAAGACUUGAGACGGUAGUUUACAAACAAUAAUGGAACUGACUAUUUUAAAAACAGGCUGUUCCCAAAUGACUACCUUUUAGAAUCCUUGUCAAAAAACAUAUGUAAAAAUGUAUAUACAUUACGAAUUAAUAUUUAAGUGAUGGAAAUUCAACGACCUUAUUUAAUGUCGCUGUUGAGGGAACCGGGACUACAAAAUAUUAAAGCCUAUUUGAUUAAGAAAGCAAUCGAAAAGGUUUUAAUGUUUUGUAGCCCACAUUCUUUAAUAAUAAUUCUCCACAUGUCAGCAACGUUUUUUUUCUUGACUUAAAUAUUAAUUUGUGACCUGAUAUUUUAUUUUUGAUUCUAAAGUCUAUAUCAAGAGUGGUCAUUUAAGAACACCUUGUGUAUUUAGUGCUUAAAAACUGCAAAUGGGAGAAUAUUUAAAAACUUUCCUUCAGUUCCUUUUUUUGUAAAUUUUUCAUUGAAAUUUAACUGUUUAUACCUCAUAAAUUGAUUAUUAAUUAAAGAUUAUUUAAAU